GGAUAAACAUGCUCUAAGACACGUCUAUCUGAGGCACGUGUCAAAACAUUAUUGGGUAGAAGAUAGAUCUGAGUUUCACCUGUUCUUUCUCUUCCUUCUCUUCUGUCGCUUGUGCGAUGUAGAUUCUCGUCGAAGAAGAAGCUUUGAUCGAUCUGUUUCGAUCAAAGUCACAUUAAAACGUCUUGAAAGACUACGCAGGCGUCUCUUCUUUCCUCUUCCUGUUCGCGGGAAUCAUGCCUGGUCUGACUUUGGGGCUCAUGUCUCUCGAGAUUCUCCAACGCAGUGGCACUCCCAACAAGAAGAAACAAGCCAGUAAUCAUCUCUCCUUCAUUGUUCCUAUUUUUGUUUUUUUUAUUUGAUCUGAUGAUGGUGAUUUUUCUUUAGCUGCGAUAUUCCCGGUUGUUCAGAAACAGCAUCAGCUUUUAGUGACACUGCUUAUGUGCAAUGCUGUUGCAAUGGAGAUGAGAGGAUCAUUUGGUUCUUGAUCAAGUUUAUUGUUUCUUUGGAGUUUGCUCUUGAUCAAGUAUAUUUCUUCUGCCUCUCUAUGAUUGAAACUCUGUUUUCUUCAAGUGCAGAGUACUUAACCAAAGAUGCUUCAAGCCCUAUAGAUUACAUAAACAAAGAUGCUUUCUUGGUUUUUUGAUUAGGAAAAUGUCAAGUAUCUUCCUGGGAUUAAGCUAGGAAGAAACAGUCUUUUACUACUCUACAGGCCAUGGCUAAGAGAGCAAAAGCAGAGUUGAAAGGAGGGACUUUGAAGACAGUGAGUGAUAAAGGCAAGGAAGCAACUCUGAGUCUCACAGGUUCAGAGAAAGCGAAGCCCUUAAAGAAGACUGAAUUGGUCAAGAAACCAUUGCCUAAGAUGAAAAAGACUCCAGGAAAAUCAGUGGUUGAAGUAAAAGAACGUAAAGGACCCUGUUCAAGGGGCUCGCAGGAGAUAAAGGAUCAUGGCCAUGUAAAGUUUCUACUCCCCGGUUUUCCUGGAAGCUCACCUAAGACAAAGCAGUCAUUCCCUGUGCAUCUCUUUUCUUGGGGUCUGUCAAAAUUAAAAUUUAUCUUCCCAGCAAACCAGUGGAAUCUCUGAAAAUGCUCACUGUUCAAAACCGAGGAUAAGCCUAUCCAAAACCUUGAACCAGAACAUUUGGUUACUAUUCAACGCGAAAUAAGAAAAAGGGAAGGAGCAAUUCAUAAUAAAUGGGGAAGUUGAAGGAUUACCUAAAUUUAUUAAAUGUCGACAUCUUUGAAUCUUCCAUGAACCUUCCUCCCCACUCGUCUCUCCUUAUCUAUUCGGACUCUUUUACGUGGUCAUGUGUCAUCGUUGAAUCUUCUCUCAACUCGUCUCUUGUUAUCUAUUUACUCGUCUUUGGAUUCUUUUGUGUGGUUUUGCGUCAUUGUUGUUAUUUCUCUCUUUUUUCGAAAUCAUUAUUGUGAUCCUGUUCUUCAGUUUCUUGAGUGCCCUCUCAAUUCAUGGAUUCUUCUUCUUCUUCUCUCACUUGGACGCAUGAUGUCUUCCCGAGCUUCUGUGGAGGAGACGUGCGCAAAGGCUUUCUUAGUCACCUUAAAAAAGAGCUCGGAAAUAAGGGAAUCAAAACUUUCAAUGAUGACGGGAUUGAUCGAGGCAAACAUAUCGGCCCCGAGCUCGUAAAAGCGAUCAGAGAAUCAAGGAUUGCCAUUGUCUUGCUCUCCCCUAACUACGCUUCUUCAAGCUGGUGUUUGGAUGAGUUGGUGGAGAUCAUGAAGGACAGGGUAAAGGAGCCAUAUGAGUUGGAGGAAAGCAUGGAGGGCAGGGUAAAGGAGCCAGAUGAGUUGGAGGAAAUCAUGGAGGGCAGCGAAAGGAAUCAACUAAAAGUGAUAACCAUUUUCUAUGGAGUGAAUCCAACUGAUGUUAGGAAGCAGACCGGAGAUUUCGGAAAGGCCUUUAACAUAACCUGUGUGGGAAAAGAAGAAAAGAAGGUGAAGGCAUGGAGACAAGCUUUGGUGGAUGUAGCCAAUAUAGCUGGUUAUGACUCUAGCAGAUGGCACAGUGAAGCUGAUUUGAUCAACAAAAUUGCCGUAUAUCUUAUGAAAGUGUUGGGGCUUACACCAUCAAAAGAUUUUGAUCACUUUGUUGGCAUGGAAGCUCGUAUCACGGAGAUAAAGUGCUUGUUGAGCCAACAAUCUGAUGCUAAAGUUAAGUUCAUAGGGAUCGUGGGUCCUGCUGGGAUUGGUAAGACGAGCACUGCCAAAGCUUUGUACGACCGGUUAUCUCCUGAUUUUGCGUUCAGCACGUUUAUUGAGGAUAUCAGAGGAAGUAAAGAGAUGCCUGUUCUCGGUGGCUCCCAUCAUCAAUUUCAGUUGGAUUGGCAGAAAGAGUUACUGUCUCGGCUUUUCGACCAAACGGAUAGUAAGGUUGGUCAUUUGGGAGUGGCUGAGCAAAGGCUGAGAGGCAAAAAAGUGUUGAUUGUUCUUGAUGAAAUGGAUUGCUUGUUCAAACUAGAGGCAAUGGCAAAAAAGGCUGAUUGGUUUGGACCCGGAAGUGUUAUUAUCAUUACAACCGAAGAUAGAAAACUUCUCAAGGCACAACGCAUCGAAUGUAUUUACAAUAUGAGACUUCCAAAUCAAGUUGAGGCAAUGCAGAUCUUAUGCCAAUAUGCUUUUGUUCACAAGUCUCUAGAUUAUGGUCCUGCGACGAUAAUUGCCAGAGCUUUGCACAACCAAUACUCUCUUGAUAUCAGAGGAUUUGAGAUCUUCUGCCAAUAUGCUUUCGAUCAAAAGUCUCUAGAUUAUGGUCCUGAGAUGAGAACUGUCAAACCUUUGCGAAACCAAUUCUAUCUUGAUAUCAGAAAAAGUAUUGAGAUGUCCUCUCUCCCUGGCUCCGAUUAUCAGUUGGAUUAUCUGUAUGAUUUUUAUAAGCUGGCUCAGGAAGUUACUAAACUUGCUGGUCGUCUUCCUCUGGCCCUGAGAGUCUUGGGAUCGUCUCUACGAGGAAUGUCCAGGGACGAGUGGAGAAAUGCAGUACCAAGGCUCAAGUCGGAAGGAAUUGAAUCAAUUCUAAUGUUUGGCUACAACGGCUUACCUUGUGAUAGAGACCGAACUCUUUUUCUGUAUAUUGCAUGUUUCUGUGUUGGUUUCAAAGUUGAUCGCCUUAAAAGUCUUCUUGAAGAUUGUGAUUUGGAUGUCGGCCAUGGGCUUCAUAACUUGGAGCAGAAAAGUCUCAUAUACACAGAAUCCGGAUACGAUCCAUACAGAUACGUAAAGAUGCACAAAUUACUGCAACAAAUGGGUAGAGAAAUUGUCAAAAAAGAGUCUUUGAAGGAGCCUGGAAAGCGACAGUUCUUGAUGGAUGCAAAGGAUAUUUCUGAAUUACUUGAAGAUGAAGAUGCUGGUACUGGAGAAAUUCUAGGCAUAAUGUUAGACAGAUGGGGAAGGGAGGAUAUCCAAAUAAGUAAAAGUGCCUUCAAAGGGAUGAAGAAUCUCCAGCUCCUAGUAAUCGACUCUAAGACCGUGCGCAUACCUGAAGGCCUCAGCUGUCUUCCCGACAAACUCAGACUUCUAGAGUGGCCCAGAUGUCCAUUGACAUUUUUGCCUUCCAAGUUCUCUGGCAAGUUUCUUGUUGAACUUAUCAUGACAGACAGCAAACUUGAGAAGCUUUGGGAUGGAAUUAAGCCUCUCCAGCGACUCAAGCGGUUGGUUUUGAGUAACUGUAAGUAUCUGAAAGAGAUUCCAGAUCUCACAAAUGCAACGAGUCUCGAGGAACUAGUUCUCUCCGAGUGCAUACGUUUGUUAGAGCUCACAAGCACUAUUGGCAAUGCCACUAAGCUAAAAAGGUGCAUACUUAGCCGUUGCUUUCUUUUGAAGGAUCUCCCCUCUUCUAUGAGUAGGUUAAUCAAUCUCGAGAAACUGGACCUCACUCAGUGCACGGGUUGGAAAGAUGGUUGGUCAAGUCUGCAAAAACUCCGUGGUUGCUCGAGUUUGAAAGAAGUCGAUCUGAGCUGGAGUGCGAUAUGGGAAGUGCCAUCAUCAAUCAGAUCUAAUUGGCCUUGUCUUAAGAAAUUGGAUAUGUCUGGGUGUAGAAACCUCAAGGAGUUCCCAAAUGUUCCUGACAGCAUUGAAGAGUUGGUAUUGUGCAAGACAAGGAUAAAGGAAAUUCCUCCAUCGAUUGAGAAUCUGUCUCGUCUGCGUAAACUAAUUAUGUUUGGAUGCAAGAAUCUGGAAAAGAUAUCUCCCAAUAUUUCUAAGUUGGAGAAUCUUGAGUUUCUUGGUCUGCGAAAAAGUGGCCAAAGUGAGCAUGAUAAGGUGGAUCUUAUUGAUGUAUUUGAAGCAGUAAUCAAGUGGGAGGGCCCUGACUCGAAGCGCAGUUGGAGAUUACUAUCAGACUUCGAAGUUCACUACCUUUUACCGAGAUGUCUACCCACGAAGAAGGCGCUAUCAUUAUGGUUACGGAGUUAUGAUAUCUACACUAUUUCAGAUUGCAUCACAUGUCUCUCAGGGCUCAUCAAGCUUGACGUCACAGAAUGCCCUUAUCUCGAAGCACUUCCACCGCUUCCAGACUCACUUCUAUAUAUAGAUGCAGAAGACUGUUUAUACUUGAAGAGAAUAGACUCUUCUUUUCAUAAUCCAAAUAUUUGCCUAAACUUUGCUGGCUGUUAUGGCCUGAGUCGAAACGCGAGAAGGCCCAUCCACACAUCAGACUGCAAAUAUGUGUUAUUACCGGGUGAAGAAGUGCCUGCACUCUUCCCUCACCAAGCUGACUCAGGUUCCCUGACAAUCAAUCUGACUCCAAGACCUCUUCCUUCAUCCUUGAGAUUCAAAGCUUGCAUCUUGCUGUCAACAUGCAAUACUUCCAUGUCUGUGGUUCUAAUGAUGGGUGGUGUGACUUGUCGUGUCAUAGGUAAACAGAAUGAUCUCACUAUGCAAUAUGGAUCAAAUCAGCACCAUAUGCCGUGUAAACGUUUAGUCUAUGAAGACCAUCUGUAUAUAUUUGAAGAUUCUUUAUGUCUAAACCAGGAUUUCCCUGAUGAAGCCGGAGAAGCCACCUUGAGCGAGCUUCUGUUUGAGUUCCUGUUCCAUGGUAACAUCUGGAAGGUGAAAGGCUGCGGUGUACGACUUUUGUUCCCUGAUUCUAUUAUUGACAGCCAAUGAUAUGGGAACAAAGUUGAAAGUGAUGAAUCUACGCUCGUACCUGGUGUAGAAGUGCCUGCACACUUCACUUACCGAGCUACUUCAGGUUUCCUAAAGAUCAAUCAGACUCCAGGACCUCUUCCUCCAUCCCUUAGAUUCAAAGCUUGCAUAUUGCUCUCAAGAGUCAAUAUUAAUCUCGUGGAUGAUGAAGACAUUGUCUCUUGGAGCCUUAAUUAUUUAUUUGAUGACGUUGAUGACCAUGGAGAGGAGAAGCAGUUAUCGAUGUGUGUGUCUUGUAGGUUUAGGGGCAAACAGAAGGGCCUCACUGUCCAAUAUGGAUCAAAUCAGCGCGACAUGCCUUAUAUAUGUGGAUGGGAGGAACGUCUGUAUACAUUUGAAGAUUCUUCUUGUCUAGACCAGGAUUGCCCUGAAGCUGAAGAAGCCACUUUCAGUGAGCUUGUGUUUCACUUCAAAGUGUUUUAUAAGAAAUGGAAAGUGAAAGAUUGUGGUGUACAGCUUUUGGAGGACGAAGAAGAAUCUGGACGUGAUGAGGAUGAGGAUGAUAAAGCUGGCGAUGGUGAUAAUGAUGGGGUUGAGGAGAUAUAAAGGAUGAUGUAGAUAAAACUCAAGAAGGGGACAAAUCUAGACGUGAUGAUGAUGCAGAGACAAGGAGCAAGAAACGAAUGAGGUUCAGCCUUCUGUAGAGAUAUAAGGGAACUGUCAUGUUGUUAUAUAUUUUGUGAUUCUGUGCAGAUUAAUUUUCCAAGAAGAGAAGUCAAUCUAAACACACUAGGGACACUUGAACAGUAAUAGCAAAGUUGCAUUUGUAAGAACAACUCCUGUCUCAAGUUAUAGUUCAUAAGCAUAUGAAGAUGCAUGAUUGUAGGUUUGGUAAAGGAGAGAUUUCUGGAUCUGAAAGUUCCUGUUGUUCCUGAUUAUGUUGAUAAAAUAAAACAACUUGGUGUCA